AUGGUUGUUACUGAGGUCUUAUAUUACUGUCCUGGUUUUAAAGAGGCCAUCAAAUCUUUGUGUCAGUUGGCUAAGCUGAACGACAAACAGCAAGAAGAUGGUGCCAAAAAUGAGGGGGACACUGGUGGAAACACCCUACCUGUUCCCAUGGAGCUGCUGAGUAGUUUCCACAGCCUCAUCUCUUCUGUGGAACAGCUGCAAUCCAGUUUCCUGCUUAACACGGAAAAAUACAGUGACGGAGAGCUUGCCACACCACCUCGCAAGGUGCUUAACACACUCAGGCAGCUUAAUCCAAUGUAUGAGGGUUACUUGCAGCAUGAUGCACAGGAGGUGCUGCAGUGCAUCCUUGCUAACAUCCAGGAGGCCUUUGACAAUAUCAAAAAAGACCAAACAGACAACCAGAAAGACAGCACAAUAAGUAAUGGAAUGGGGGAGUCCACCCACGAGGAUGAUGGGAGCUCCGAUGGCCAGUUGAGCGGAAAGAGAAAGAGUGACACGGAAGCAGGCAAUGCUAAGAAAAAGCCAAAAUCUCAAAGCAAAUCAAAGAAAAAUGAGGAAAAUGUGCCUAUGACCCGCUCUAAACGAAAGUCCUCCAGUGAUAUAACCACAGAGAGUUCUGACCAGAGGAAUGGAACAGAGGAGCAAGAAAACGAGCAAGAGAAGGACAGAGGGAGCACCACAGAGGAGGAGAAGAAUGACAGUACCCCAAAAGAGGUGGGCAAGAGGACAAGGAGAGGGAAGCUGGGCUGGCUGAAGCCAUCUGGGAAGCAGCCUAGCAUCUUCUCGAAGUUCCGCAGCAUGGGGCGAAUUACUUCACAUGUGGGAGGGAGAGGAGAGACCAAGGAGAAAUCAGAUUGUAGUGUCCAAGAGAAGCAGGAGAAGGAUACCUCCGAGAAUGAGAGCAGAACUCAAGAAGUUAAACCGAGUCUGGGAAAGAAUAAAGAGCAAUCAGGCCUGGAUGUGCUGAAGUGGAUGUUCCAGGGUCAGCUGGUGCUGCGGACACGCUGCCUGGAAUGUGAGUGUUUCACAGAGCGGAGAGAGGACUUUCAAGACAUCAGCGUACCUGUGCAAGAGGACGAGAACAGCUCCUCCGACUCCAGUUCUGAGAUUUCUCCAGAUCCCAAGCCUGAGCUGAAAACUCUAAAGUGGGCCAUAUCUCAAUUUGCAUCUGUGGAGCGGAUUGUGGGUCAAGAUAAAUAUUUCUGUGAGACCUGUCAUCACUACACAGAAGCUGAGAGAAGUCUUUUGUUUGACAAAACACCAGAAGUCAUCACAAUCCACCUGAAAUGCUUUGCUGCCAAUGGCUCUGAGAUGGACCCUUAUGCUGGCCUUUCCAAGGUGAAUACUCCUCUGCAGACCCCUCUCAAACUUGCUCUGCAUGAGUGGUGCACUCAGCCUGAUUCUCCAGACCAGAGCCAUCACUAUGAGCUCUUUGCCGUGGUCAUGCACAGCGGAGUAACCAUCAGCAGUGGUCACUACACCACUUACAUCCGCAUGAUGGAUCUCCAUCGCACCACUCUCAGGCUUCAGUCUCAGGAUGAAGAGCAAGACCGAGACCGAGAAGAAGACAUGAAACCUAAGAAAGAAGAGGUACCUCAAACAGAGUACGAUGAUGGUGAGGUGUCUUUCAGCUUGUCUGGCAGGGGGCGAAAUGUGGCCAGAGCCAGUGCAACAAGCAUGUCCAGUAAAUCGGGAAGCAAAAGGUGCUCUGAGGGUGUUGGGCUUUUAGGAGGACAGAGGAGCGUCACCAGUUAUGAGCUCAGCAACAGCAGUCAAUCCAAUCCAGAGAAGGCUUCCAGCUUAGCCAGUCGUGCCGCUGGUUCUCUGCUUCAGAACGCAGUGAAGAAACCGACCGAGGAAGAGGGAGUUGAUGCUGUGGGCGAUGGGACCCAGGUGAAUUUUGACCUCGCUCUGCGAAACCUUUUGGACUUUGAGGGAAAGUGGAUGCUGUUUGAUGACUCUGAAGUGAGACUCGUUGAAGAAGAGGACUUCCUCAGAGCCUGUUCCCCCGAGACAUGCUCCACCUCUACACCAUACCUGCUCUUCUACAAGAGAGUCUCUCAGUAAAAACAGCUGAUUGGAUAUGGAAACUCCACUCAAUUACUAAGUUUUACUGGUAAGACAUGGACUAUGAAAGUAUGUUUGCAGGUAACUGAAAAAGCAAGUCGAGACGCGUUAAUAGUCGAUAUGCACGUUUGUGUAACGUGUCAGUCAGUGAAAAGCCGAUGUGAAUCUUUCAAGGCAAUGACAUUUGUUGCCAUUUUUUGUGUCUAUUACUGUUUUUGUACUUUACUCUCUCUUCUUGUUCAGUAAGUUCAUGUCAUCUGCUUUUCAGUGACCCUCAUGCAAAUGCACCUUGGCACUUAUCGUAGUGCAUAUUACAGUUUUCUUAUACUUUCAAGCAUUCCAUAGAAGCUCUAUGAAAUAGCACAAUGAUUUCUUGUGCACUGAAAUUUUAUAUAUUUUUU